CAAAAGAGAAAUACUACUAGAAUCUGGGCUCUGGCUGACUUCUUCCUGGCCUCCCUCUUCAUUUGGUCUGUCUGGAUUUGGCAGGAGCCAGAAGUGGAGUUGGAUGUGACCCAAGAACUAGAAGCCCAAAGCCAGAAAUUAGGAACCCAAGCUCACAAGGAAUCGGGACUACCAGGAACCAGGAGCCAGCGCCAACCAGGUGUUUCGGACUACAAACUCUUAGAGGUUUACUCUAAUUGCUGGGGAGGAUUGUGCUGGGACUCUGGGGAGGGAGAAAUCAGAGGCCCUAGCAUUAUCAAGUGCUGGGAGUGUGUGAUCCCCAUAGGAGCCUCAGGCCCCUGCCAGGCUGAGCAGCCAAGUCCACUACCAAAGUCUCACAGGAACUGAAGCAGUCAGCCAGGAAAUAGUAUUUUUCCUUCUGAAUUUUGAACUCCUGAAACUAACCCCUAACAUCUAACCUCUAACCCUGGUCCUGCCUUCCUAGAAAGAUAUGGCUGUGGGCAGCCAGGAAUCAGAGCCAACUGAGCCUGUGUCUAGGUCCCCAGAUGAUGAGGAGGAAAUGGAGAGCUUGACCCCUUCAGCCCCCCGCCCACCUGAGGCUGCCCCCAUGGAAAGCAAGCCCCUGCUGGGAGCUGGAGCCCAGUGGACUCUGCAACUAGUGGAGGAUGUGGAAGAUGAGUGCCCUAUCUGUACAGAACCCUACGGCGUAGACGAGCACCUCUUGGUGUUGCUGAACUGCGGACAUGGGCUGUGCCAGCACUGCCUGAACAGGCUCUUGGGCACAGCUCCUAGCACUGACCUGGGCCGUGUGCGUUGCCCAUUGUGCCGACAGAAGACUCCUAUGUUGGAGUGGGAGAUCUACCAGCUUCAGGAAGAGUUGCUCCAGGCUGAUGGGCCCCAACCCCCACCACCUCCCAGUCCCCCAGCCCUUCCUCCCCAAGGGACAGGGCUUUGGGCUUCCCUGGAGCACCGUUAUCAACUUCGAGGGAACCGAGGUUGCCUCCCCUUCUUGCCUUGCCCACCAUGUCUGAUUUCGAGGCUCUGGGCCCUCCGGGACAGGCGGCCCUGCACCCGUUGCCUUGUCUUGCUGACAAUGCUGGCCCUGGAGAUGUUUGGACUGGUACUCAUCUUUCUGCCCCUCCUACUGCUUGCCUUGCUCUUGAUCCUACUUAACCAUCUAGGCCACUGACCCUCCAGUCAGGACUCAAAAGACCUUUUGAGGGGGUGGGCCUGCUUACCAUUCACCAAUGAUUUGCUCAUCAAAGAAGUACCGCACCAGAGACUUGAGCACUGAUGCAUCCAAUCACUGGAAGGAUCCUGAAUUGACUGAACUGACAUUAUCUCCAAGAAGAUCUGGGGGACAAUUCUUCCUGGAGCUAAUGGUCACUGAUUAGAGAGCUUAGACUUUGAUCACAACUCCCUCAGCUGCCCACCUUGAUAGUCAAGACUGAAUAGGGGAAGAAAGAUCUGGAUUACUGAAAGAAGUAAGUUCACAACCUGGAUAAUUUCUAGAAAUGAUCCUUUACAUUAGUGAAAAGAAGUGGGGGGGGGGAGAGAAGGCAAUGAAUACAUUGAGAUGGUGGGUGUGGAAGGUAGGGGCAGCCUGAGUGGAGGGACAAUUUGGGGUGGGAAGAAUAGAGUUACAGAGCAGCCAGGUUGCUUGCGGGGGAGGAGCAGAAAUGUCCUUCUCUGCCCCUCUCCUUGUCUGGAGGCCUCAGAUAAGGGCUGUACAGCUGGUGUUCCCUGAAGGUCAGCCAGACUUGGGCUUGAAGGUAGGGAAAUAGAAACUGCUCCCACCCAAUUAGGGUGGAAUGUCAGGCCUCAGACUGGUAGAUGAGAGACCUCUGGGGGAGAGCUGUACUCUGACCAUAUAGGCACAUGCCUCCUCUAACAGGGAUAUGGCCAGCUGUGGUGAACACAGAACUUAUCCAGGCAUGAAAAUGCCAGAGGGCACAAAUGGACCUGGACCGAAUUUCAAGGUGACCCCUUCUGUGGCCAUCUAAUUCUCCUGGAACUUGUCUCCCCCAUACAUACACAUACCCUGAACCAUAAAGGGGAGCCCAUAAAAAGAAGAACCCACAAGCUUCGGGGGCAGAAACAGGGCAAUGCUGGACAGGAGGGAGCAGCAGUCCAGUGUACAGAAUGAAGGAGCCGAGAGUCCAAUUGUACCCUGCUCUCAUCAAACUACAUCUUAAGAACUAUAUUCAAAAGGAUGGUGAAAAGCUGGAGUGUGUCCAGAAGAGGGCGACCAGACGUAUAAGAGGCCUGGAGACCAUGUCAUGAGAUCACUGGUGGAAAGAUUCAGGUAUCAUCCAUUGGGAAAUGGUUAAACAAAUGAUGAUACGUGAAUAUAAUGUAACAUAUCACUGUGGUGUAAGAAAUGAUGAAUUACAGAGAAACAUGGAAAGAUUUGCCCAAUCUGAUGCAGACUUAAGUAAGAAGAGGCAAGAUAACAAUAUAGACCAUCAAUUCUCAAACUUUUUGGUCUGAAGACCCUCUACACUCUUAAAAAUUAUUAGGGGCCCCAAAGAGCUUUUGUUUGUG